UAAAGUCGCCGCGGUUUUUUUUCAAACCACCCACACGACCUUCUUCCAAGACAUAUUUGCCCAAUUUCACUGCGUUCCUUGGCGAUUCCGCUAUCUUUCAAGCCUAGUCCUUACAUCACACAGCCUAGCACCAUGGCUGCUAGCGACCAGAAUGAUGACGGUCACGACUCUAACAUGCCCGACCUGGGGGAUGCGAUCGAUAUCGUGACUUUUGGCCAGAUUCUAGAGAUGGACGACAGUGAAGAUGACCGUGAAUUCAGUAAAUCUAUCGUGUACGGCUUUUUUGAACAGGCCGAAGAGACAUUCGAGAAGAUGGACACUGCCCUGAAGGAAGAGAACCUUGACGAGCUAUACCGACUUGGCCACUUCUUGAAGGGUUCUUCUGCGACUCUUGGUUUGACCAAGGUUAAGGACAGUUGCGAGAAGAUUCAACGAUACGGCAAGAAGGAGAAUGUCGAUGGUACACCAGAAACGGAUGAGGCUCUCUGUAUUUCCCGAAUUACGGAAACACUAAAGACAGUCAAGGCGGAAUAUGCCGACGUGGAGCAGACGCUCAAGAAAUUUUUUAAUUCCACCUAGUCAGCAAAUGCGCGACGAUAUUUACAGUUUGAGUUCGAGUUGUAUUAUACGGCCGCCUUCGCGAUUAUGAUUAUCGCAUGAACCCUCCUCGAGGCGCAAGACCAUUGCCGAGGGGCUUCGAGCAUCAUGAGAAAUGACGGCUGCUCGAGGUUUACGGAGGGAAGGGACGGCAGCCGACAAAUAACCUAUCGAUCAGUUGACUUCAAAAUAUACCCCCACGCCUGUCUUCUCGUAUUUUCGAAGCCUCGAUCGCCAGGUAGAGGGCAGUUUACUUUUUAGGACGGUUCUAUUACAGGCAGAUCAAAUGGUUAAUGCACGCAAACCGGAGCAACGAUACGAAGUACGAUCAUCUAGGCUAGCUUAGGAAGCGAAAAGCUUCUCACGAUCGGACAGACAUAUUGCGCUCCCUAAUACACCUGUUUUCUCCUCCGCGAACUUCCACCUCCAAUCCUCUACUCUCAAGCCUCGUGGACAAUGCUGCCGCUCAUACGUUGCGAAAGGGUGUCAAAAUUGCAAUAUACGCAGAUUUGGAUUGCCCGGUGUUUAAUGGCGGCGCAUCUUGACGUAUUUCCCUACGUCAUCCCGCCCGUGCU